AUGGCGUCAACCUCCCGACUGGUGGGCCUACCCAGAUCAAAAGGCACGAUUCCAAGACCCACAGCCACCAUCUCCUCCGGAGAGUCUCCAGCGCAUGCCAACGUCAAUCGCUUGCCUGAUAACCCAAACUUUGUCCAUCCGGCUCACGUGAUACCUCCACCAAGCUACCCGAGCGUCGAGAACCUUAUCAUUGUGUGCUGCCAUGCCAUCUUCCUUCCUGAUGCAGAUGCACCUGAUUUCCCACUGCACAGCCCUCAUUAUGAGUCCAAUUGGCUUCUGGCACCCUUCCAAAAGUCGAACACGAGUACGAAUAAACUAAGCGAACACGAGACGUUUCUCGCACAUGUCAAAGCGGGCAUUGACGCCUUGACCGUGGGAACAGACGUAGAGCAUCCCACCUCAAGUCUUCUCGUAUUCAGUGGUGGUGCUACCAAACGCUCUGAAUCCCUUAAAACAGAGGCGCGAUCCUACUAUCAUGCAGCACUAGCAGAAGAGUUGGCGAGCGGACAUAUGGGUGGUGGUCCUGCCCAUCGAUUAUACAAUAAGCGCUACAUAUUGCUAGAAGAACAAGCUACCGAUUCUUUUCAGAACCUGCUCUUUAGUAUCUUGCUAUUCAGAAAGGCAACCGGGAGGUACCCCAAGCAAAUCCGUGUCAUCACACAUGCCUUUAAAGCGAAGCGCUUCCUCGAGCUACAUGCACCGGCUAUUCGAUGGCCACAGGACCGUAUCCAGGUCCAAGGGAUUGAUCCAUUAAUGGAUAUGGAUGCACUAAGCGAUACUCUCAGAGGAGAAGAGGAGUCCGGGUAUGCGGCAUGGAACGCCGACCCCAUGGGAACUGGCGACCUCCUAGGCGGGAAGAGACAGUUACGUGGAUGGGAUGCUAGUAAGGCAGCGAAACACUUCACGGAUCUGGAAGAUAGCGUCAAGAAGCUAUUCCAAGGCAUAGCGUCAGACGAUUUACCAUGGAUAGAAGGAAGCGUAGGUACUGUCCUACAAGUGUCCUAGCGCUACUCUUUUGUUUGCCGAAUCAAUCUGUUAGGCUCCCCACAAAGUACUACAUCCUCUCCCAGAGGUAUCCAUUUCACAUAUCGCAACCUUGUCAUGGGUAACCGCUCACGACCACCAUCCGGGCAGACCUGUACGCCACCUUUGCCUAGCCAGGUUGGUGCAAUUGUAACAAUAACGGAAUUAACAAGAGAGUAUGCGGGACUAGGACCGAGGAAAUCAUUGAUUACAAAACCACCGCCCUCGAUCAUGACACUCCCAAUACCUUCCUGCUUCAAUGCAUCGAGAAUGAUGUGCCACGAGGAACCAGCCUGGCUCACAUCUCUUGCUGAUAAACCCAGAAACAAGAACUUCCCUCCCACGUUUUCGAGGGUCGCUCUUCGGUCUGCGGGUGGAUUUGUAGAGGUGACAAUGUAAGGUGCCUUGCCCUUCCCUUCCUUGGCGAGUCUCAACACCUUGCUCUCUUCAUUGAAUUGCCAGCGACCAUGUGGAUCUACGACGACUGGCCUUGGUUGGCCAACGAGUCCUUCGCCACCAUAACCGCCAACGCCCUCUAGUCGACAGUUCAAGGACGGAUUGUCGGCAAUGGCUGUGCCUGCUCCAAUCAAGAUGGCGUCAUAUCUAGAUCUCAGAAAAUGGGUCAUGGCCUUUGAACGUGGCCCAGAAAGGGCCGUCUGCACACCGGGAGCAAUAGCGAGCUGGCUGUCGAGGGAGGUAGCGAAAGUCAGGGUGACGAAAGUUUUCGCGAUAUCUUCUGGUCGCAUACAUUCUGCAGAGGAAGGGAGUGGUAUGUACUCCUCAAGCUGAUGUCUAUCGGAAUCUGGAAAUUGUAAGGCAUCUCGGGCUGGUGCAGUCAUGGUGACUAUAUCUCCAGGUCGUGUAUAUCGCGACCGUAACUUCCGCUAAAUCCAAAGUUUUUAAUUGUUUC